GGAAGGUGAAUAAAAGAGGAAUUCAGUUCGCCGCAAGAUCUGCCGGUUGGUGACUGUAAUAGCGUAUUACCGUUGACACCUUUCCCGUCUGUGUAGAAUUCUUCAAAUUCAACAUGCCUUCCUACAAGCUGAUUUAUUUUCCCAUCACAGCAUUGGGCGAGCCAAUUCGAUUCCUAUUCAGUUAUGCUGGCAUCGACUUUGUGGAUGAACGUAUCGACUUGAACGAUUGGCCAAAAAUUAAGCCGACUAUGCCAUUCGGCAAACUACCCGUGCUUGAAGUAGACGGAAAGAAGAUCAAUCAGUCCGUAGCUAUUGGCCGUUACUUGGCGAAGCAAAGUGGUCUUGCCGGCAAGAACGAUUGGGAGUCUCUGGAAAUUGAUGCGACUGUCGACAACAUAUACGAUUUACGUGCUAAUAUCGCUCGUUUUCGCUAUGAGAGUAACGAACAGGCUAAAGAAGAGAAACUUAAAGCUGCCAAAGAGACGGUGCCGUAUUAUUUGGAGCGUUUGGACGCUCAGGUGAAGAAGAAUGGCGGUUACUUUGUCGGUGGUACUCUGACGUGGGCCGAUCUCACUUUCGUCGCUCUUUUGGAGAACUUGAACCAUAUUAUGAAAGAGGACAUCGUCGAGAAGUAUGAGAAUCUGAAACAACUCCAAAAGAAGGUUGAGGAAUUACCAGCCAUCAAGAGUUGGAUCGAAAAGCGUCCACCGACCAUCUAUCCGAAUUAAUUUGGGUAAUUCUAUAAAGUGAUGGCUGAUUUUUUCUUUAAAUCGUGUAUUUAUGUACGGUAGGCAUGUAUAAUAGAUUCAAGAAAUACGCACUGCAGAUACAAAUGUUUAUUUCAUCAGUUGAAGGCUUGUUACUCAAAUUGUCACGUGACAAAAAUAUUAUAAGACUAUAUCUAAUCAAAUCUUGAAUUAUUUUUUUUCAUUAUGUAAUUUUGUAUCUUAAUAAAUCGCUACUUUUACUAUUUC